CAGUACACUGUACUGAUCGUCUCAGACCCACCUUCCCCCAGUUCCCCUUCUCCCAUUGAUCGCUCCUGCUCUGCUUUUCUGCACACAGCAAGCGACUCCUCCUCCUCCAAGACAGCCAAGACCACCAAGAAACCGACCCCCUUCCUUCCCCCCUCCUCGCAAGUGCCGCCAUCUUGCUCGGGUUAGGGCGAGAGCGAGACCAAGAGGGGGGAGACAGCGCGCGGCAGCCCCGGUGGCGGCAUGGGGGAGGUGGAUUUGGAGGACGUGGUGCUCUCCUGGUCGGCCCAGGAAAUCACCGACGACGACCUCUACAGGGACAAGGUUGUGACCAUUCCCUGCAACUUCAAAUCACUUGAUCACUAUCUCGUAUCGUUUCGUGUGCCUCUGAUUGAAGAAACAAGCAUAAAACCUGAAUCUGUAGAGGACUUAAACCACCAUGGCAUGACAUACUGCUUGGCAAUGGUUACUGAGGUUUUUAUGGAUGAUGAAUACCAGAAGGGCUUCAGAGUCAAAGUUGCAAAGAAUGUUGGUUUGCAAGAAGACUUAAACAAACUGAAGCAUGCAAUAUUUCUCAACAAUAUCACGACAAACAUGCGGAUAUGGAAAGCACUUACCUUUGAUUGCCACAUGGAUAACAAUUUCACAGUAAUCAAGUCCCUCUUAGCCCCCACAAAUCUGGUGGAUGCUAUCAAAUCUAUCAUCUCAACUGUACAAUGUGGGCAUGUGAACCUCAUGAAGCUUAUAUGGGGUCCACCAGGUACUGGAAAGACCAAGAUGGUUAGCGCUUUAUUGUGGGUUUUGGCAUGUUUGAAAUGCAGAACUCUUACUUGUGCUCCCACUAAUGUUGCUGUCGUUGGAGUUUGCACUCGUUUCCUUAAAAAAUUGAAGGAUUUCAAUGAGCACAUUGAUGAAAAUGGUCUACCUUUUUCUCUUGGAGAUAUCUUGCUAUUUGGGAGCAGGUCUAACAUGGACAUCACCGAUGAUCUUCAGGAAGUUUUCUUGGAUUUUCGUGUCGACGAACUUGUUGAAAGCUUUUCAUCGUCGUCAGGAUGGAACUACAUAAUAGCUUCAAUGGUAUCCUUUUUAGAAGACUGCGCUUCACGGUAUGAUAUGCUUCUCGAGGAUGAUGGAAAAAUUGAUCCAGUGUGCUUUCUGGACUUCACAAAGAAGCAAUUGGAUGCGACAGCAAUAGCUCUGAAAAGAUGCAUAAUGAAUUUGUGGGCUCAUCUUCCUGGAAGGUGCUUUUCUCAUGAUAGUGUCAUAAAUAUAUCUAUGUUGCUUAAGAUGCUGGAAAAAUUUGGCGCCCUUCUUAGUGACGUAGACUUGACCGAUGAGGGCUUGAAAAGGGGCCUUGGUUGUCUGUCAACUGCAAACUCUGUUUGUGCAAAGCCUAUAUCUUCUAUUGAGAAGGAACUGGAUGAAGCAAGCUCUUAUCAGUUACAUCACAUGGAUAUUGCACCGCUCGAUGUAUUAAUUGUUAAUGAGGCUGCUCAAGUGCGGGAGUGUGAAUUGGUGAUCUCACUACGGCUACAUUGGCUAAAAUAUGUUGUUUUGGUCAGGGAUGACUGUCAGCUGAGUGCGAUGGUUAAAAGCAAAGUAUGUAAAGAAGCUGGACUUGGAACAAGUCUUUUUAAGAGACUGGUUAAGCUAAAAUUUGAAAAACAUUUGCUGAAUAUGCAGUAUCGCAUGAAUCCUUGUAUCAGCUUAUUUCCAAAUGCUCAAUUUUAUGAGAGGAAAAUGUUAGAUGGUUCCAAUGUCCUGUCUUCUAGCUAUAAUAAGGAUUUCACAUGCCUCCCUUUUGGCAGCUACACGUUAAUAAAUGUCGCUGAUGGAAGGGAAGACAAAGAGGGCACAGGAAACAGUCGGAGAAACAUGGUUGAAGUUGCUAUUGUUUUUCACCUAAUCCAUACCAUCUUUAAAUCUUGGAAAAAGACAGGCCAAUGUUUCAGCAUCGGCGUGGUCUCUCCAUAUAAUGCUCAAGUUGAUGCAAUUAAAACUAGACUUGGCAAAAAGUACGAUAAAUGUGAUGGCUUUCAUGUGCGGCUGAAGUCCAUUGAGGGUUUCCAAGGAGAAGAGGAUGAUAUAAUAAUACUAUCAACUGUUAGAUCCAAUGGGAGAGGAGUUCUUGGAUUUCUUGCUGAUAACCAAAGAACAAAUGUUGCUCUUACUAGAGCAAGGCACUGUCUUUGGAUUGUUGGGAAUGCUCGUACACUGUAUAAAAGUGGGACCGAAUGGACAGACCUUGUUGCUGAUGCAGAAAGACGUAAAUGUGUUUUCAGUGCCACUAAUGACGCAACCAUCUGUAGGUUGGUUUUGCAAGUAAAGCAAGAGCUUGAUGAACUUGAUGAUCUUCUUAAUGCUGAUUCGGUGGUUUUCACCAAUACCAGAUGGAAGACAUGUCUCACUUUCUGGAAUCAUGUAUGUGGUUCGCUUGUCUCUGCUAGGCUGUUUCCUCUGUACGAUGCUUUCAGGGACAUGUGCUAUUUUGUCAUUCUUAGCGAUGAGUUUAGGAAGUCCUUCACCAAACUCAAAUCACCACAGCUCAGGAGGGAAAUACUCCAAAAGCUUAUCAAACUUGGAGCUGGUUGGAGGACAACAGUUAAGAACCUUGACAUACCAGGUGCUUCUCAUCUUGCAAAAGUAUACAAGCAAAAUGUUGCAAGAAUUGUUCAACGUUUCCAGAAUUUGUUUUCCAUGUACACGGAUGAUUACCUGGAUCACUGCAGGAGAGUGCAGACACAGGGGAAACUGGAAGUUCCUAUGGUUUGGGAUGUUGGACAUGCUAUUAUUCGCUAUAACAUGGAUUGCAAAGUGGAUGCUCAUGAAGAACAUGGUCUCGUGUAUACAUCAUAUGCCAUGGAAAAUUCAAAACAUUUGCUGACAGCUACUGAUGGGUCUGAAAUCAACAUCCCCUUUGAACUGAGUGAUGAAGAGCAGGUGAUUAUCCAAUUCCCGCUCACUAGUUUUAUACUUGGGAGGUCGGGCAUCGGAAAAACCACUGUAUUGACAAUGAAAAUGAUUCAAAAAGAGAAACUGUCAUCGAUCGCAUCCCAAGGUCUAAAUUUGGAUGGAGCCGUGUCUGCGGCAGAUGACAAUAAACUUAUGCCACUAAAGAAUGGAGGAGAAUGUUCUGUGAAACAAAUAUUUAUCACUGUGAGCCCAAAGUUAUGUUCAGCCAUAAAAGAUUACAUCUACAGACUUAAAAGAUUUGGCACUGGUGAUGUCUCUGAACAGCCAAGCAUUCUUCGCAUGCAUGACGUCAUGGAUGACCUGGAAGAGUUUACAGAAAUUCCUGACAAUUUUUGUGAUCUACCUCAUGAGCACUAUCCUCUUACUAUAACAUAUCGUAAGUUUUUGAUGAUGCUUGAUGGAACAUGCCGGACAUCAUUUUUGGAUGUAUUUUAUGGUGAAAUGAAGUCUAGCUUUGAGAGAGGCCGUUCAAGAUCUCGUGCAGUGCAGACUUUUAUUGAAUUGAAUGAAGUUACCUAUGAAAAAUUUGCUACUUUCUACUGGUCUCGUUUUAAUAAAGACCUGACAAAGAAAUUUGAUGUGUCCACUGUUUUCACUGAAAUAGUCUCUCACAUUAAGGGCACAUAUCAAGCAAGGGGGCCUUAUACUGGCAAACUGGGAAGACAAGAUUAUGUGAUGCUCUCAGAUAAAAGAAUUUCGUCUUUGAGCAAAGAGAAAAGAAAUAAAAUUUAUGAUAUAUUCCUUGAAUAUGAAAGUAUGAAAUGCUCUGCCAGGGAGUUUGAUUUGUCAGAUUUUGUCAGUAGUCUUCACACUAGUUUUGUAUCUGAUGGCUACAAUGGAGAUUUGGUGGAUUUUGUUUACAUAGAUGAGGUACAGGAUCUGACCAUGACACAAAUAGCACUUCUUAAGUAUGUCUGCAGGAACAUCAAGGAAGGCUUCCUUUUUGCUGGUGACACUGCUCAGACUAUAGCAAGAGGUAUCGAUUUCAGGUUUGAAGAUAUCCGUUCACUUUUUUAUACUGCAUUCCUCACAGAAACUGAGGCGUCUAAACAAGGACUUAAACAUGGGGAGAAAUCCCAUCUCUCUGAUAUGUUCCAAUUGUCUCAAAAUUCCCGCACACACUGUGGCAUCCUCCGUAUGGCACAAAGUAUCAUGAGGCCUCUGUGCUUCUUUUUCCCAUCAAGUGUUGACAAGCUUAAUCCAGAGAAUGGACUGGUAUACGGAGAAGCUCCUGUGCUGCUGGAGUCUGAUAACGAUGAAAAUGCUAUUAUGAGAAUUUUUGGAGAAAACAAAAGUCAACAUGGUAAUUUGCAUGGGUUUGGUGCUCAGCAAGUCAUAUUAGUUCGUGAUGAUGCUACCAAAAAACAAAUUAUUGAUGUUGUUGGUAAACAAGCUCUUGUUCUGACUAUUGUUGAAUGUAAGGGCCUUGAGUUUCAGAAUGUUGAGUGUACUUACUUCAGAGAUGCAGAGGCCGGGGGUCAUCCUCCUUUUCUAAAAAAAACACGCACUAGGCAAAGAUUGUGGAUAUGCGAAAAUACAGAUGAUUACUGCCGACCAAUGUUUGACUACUGGAAGAAGUUGUGCCCUGUAGAAGUUAGAUUACUUGAUUCUUCCCUCAUUCAAGCCAUGCAAACAGGGAGCAGCAUUGAUGAUUGGAGGCUACGGGGAACCAAGUUAUUCAAUGAGGAGCAAUUCGAGAUGGCUACCAUGUGUUUCGGAAAGGCUGGUGAUGCACACAGAGAGAAAUGGGCAAGAGCUGCUGGACUUGUGGUGACUGCUGACCAUGCCAUCUCCACAAAUUUGGAGUUAGGCAAGGCUUCAUUGCAAACAGCGUCAGAGAUUUACGAGUCCAUAGGAAUGCAUGAGAGAGCUGCUACGUGUUAUAUCAAAUUAGGCGACUACAAAAGAGCAGGUAUGCUUUACAUGCAAAACUGUGGUACUUCUAGACUUGAGGAUGCUGGUGACUGCUUUGCUAGGGCUGAAUGCUGGACGGAGGCAGCUGAAGUGUUCUUCAAAGCUAAAUGUUACACCAAGUGUUUCUCCAUGUGCUCAAAAGGAAAACAAUUAUUCAAUCGGGGCUUGCAGUUUCUGCAACAGUUGGAAGAGGAACAUUUGCUUGAGGAUUCAAAAUCCUUGGAGGUUUCUGCAAUUAGAUCAGAGUAUCUAGAUAAUUGUGCUCAACAUUAUUUUGAGUGUGGUGACAUAAAGCGUAUGAUGCCUUUUGUUAAGGCUUUCAGUUCUAUGGAUAAUGUACAGGCAUUCUUGAAGUCUAGGAAUCUUCUUGAGGAACUGUUUAGUAUAGAGAUGAAAAAGGGUAAUUUCGUUGAAGCUGCAGGGAUAGCAAAGCAUAAAGGAGAUGUCUUACUGGAGGUGAAAAUGCUUGAGAAGGCAGAUUUGUUUGAGGAUGCAACGCGGCUUCUCCUCCUCCACAUCAUUGUAAAUUCUUUGUGGUUUUUAAAUAAUAAAGGGUGCCCUCCCAAAAGAAAUCCAGAGAAGGAAGAGUUGCUUGCAGAAGCCAAAGAGAUGGCGAAGAAGGUAUCUGAUUGCUUCUACGGUUUCGUUUGCCUGGAAGCUGAUGCACUGUCAGAUGUGAUUAAGUCUCUUCCCGAUUUAACUUGCACUUUGCUUGAGGGCAGAAAAUGUGGGAACUUGUUUGUUGAAUUUAUUGCUUCCCGUUCAAUUAUUGAUGUUCAUCUUCAGUCUCGAACCUCUGGAUACAAUUUAGAGAUAGGGCCAGGAUCUGAAGAUGAAAAUAGUUGUAAUAAUAUGCUGGCUUCUAAUCAGAUGUCACCCCAGACUCUGUUUAAUGCCUGGAAUCGCUGGAAGUCGAUCAUACUCAACGCACUAUCUCAUCUUCGCCACACGAGUUAUUUACCCAAAACAACCACACUUGGGGCUAGGAUAACAGAAUUAAAUGACUACGCAGUUAUGUAUGAAGAUCUUUUCGCCAAGUACUUUGGAUUGAGAAAUGAUGAUGAAGUUGACAGAUAUGUUGUACUUAACAUGAAUGCAAGUUGGCUUUCUAAUGCUGGCAUCAGUUCUUUGCAGCAAGAUGGCAACAGAUGUUUGCUGGAUGCCCCUCGGUGUCACUCGUGUGCUCAGUAUUUCUGGAUGAAUGAGAUGUCUUCUGUUGGUUUCAGUGUACUCAAGAAGUUGGAGUCAUUUGUUCAAAUUUCUCCAAAGCCAGAAUCUUUGUAUACCCUGGUGAGAACAAACGUUAUUAUAAAUGAGAUAGAAAAGUUUUUGGAAGAACCACAGUUCAGUAUGCCAAAAAUGAAGCUAAGAAACUUCUUUAUUCUCUGUGAGCGUCGCUUCUUUGAGUUAAUUUUUCUUGCGUGGAGAGAUGGGACAACAAGGAGCCUCUUGCGUAUACUUGACUCACCCGCUGCAUAUGGGUUGAUUGCUGAUUCUCUUAGUGCACACCUUCGGCGAACAGAUAAAAAUUUGACUCAUGGGCAUCUUGGGAGAACAACCAUGCUUCUGCUUCAUACAGCACAACUGGAUGAUGCGCUACUUUCAAGACUAGUACAUUACCUGGACAAAAAUCCCAGGUGGGCAGAUUUUUAUCGUUCUUUGAAGAGAUUUCUUGGUACCGGUGUUGAUAGACCCCCCUUGAUAUUGAACUUUAAGCGUGCUCUUGAGUUCACCUUCAGUCGUGUGAUGCGGAGGGAUGAACGGGACUAUAUAUCCCCACUAUGCUAUGUGGGUCUGAUGGAGUGCCUUGGUUUCAUGGCUUCAUCAUACCUUCUACAGAAAGGUUGUGUAUACUGCACCAAGUCUCUGUUGGUGAAUAUGCUGGAGUGCCGUACCAGCAAGGUUUACCUUGACACCUGCCUGGCAUCUAAUUUGAGCCCAGAUUACGAUCUUAAUCACUUGGCACUCUCAUCAGGGCGUUUCAUAUUUGAGGCAAUUAUGACUCUGUUGACAGAGAAGGAUAUGCUCUGGGAAUGGGUACAGAAGACGUCAAGUCCUAGUUCAUACUCCGACGUCCUCCGGAGACUAGUGGUCACACUUUAUCCUCUGAUCCUAACUCAUGAGCUUGUGUUCAAAAAAGGAACCCUGGCUCAUGAUCUGCAGAAUUGCUAUGAUCUCACAAGCACUCUUCAGCGGCGCAGAAUCUUUGUGGAUUUACCUUUGGAGUUUUCUGAGAAGAUGGUCCGUGCUUUGCAAAUAAGGCCUCGCACGCCGAGCAACUUCACAAGAGUGCUUGCUGACGCACUGGACGCAGUCGGAGAUCCUAUGGUAGUUAUAGUGGGCUCACGCAAAGCCCGAGCAGUCUGUCCAAACUUAAAUGCCUACAUGAUUAGCAAGGAGGAAUUGCAUGUUCCGAAGAUAAUGGCUCUUCUUCGUUCUGAAGAGCCAGGCUGUGUAAAGCAAAAGGCUGCACUGCCAGAAAAAUCUGAUGUUCCUAGGGCUGUACAAGAUACUAAUAAGGUGGAGAGUACAGGUGAAAUAUCUUUAAGUGAUGAGAAUGCUCCCUUCUGGGAUAUGUUUGAGAGGUUUCAAGUCAACAAGCAAGGCCAGAAAGAUGCAAGAUUAAUUGUCCAGUUCCUUAGGACUACCCUUUCAUGGCUGGCGCAGACAGGCUUCCAAGAAAAGAUUGAUGCACAAUUGUUGGAAGAGGUCAGGCACAUCAGCAGUCACUUUGAAGAACGUUCUACCAGGAUGGAGAAGACAGCUUGUCUGACUCUGGAGGAUCUGUACUCAAUGUGGCAAGAUGGCGAGAACAAACUGCAGAUGAUCAUCAGCUUCCUGUGUUCCAAAAGGGCGUCCACCAAGGAAGACGACAGGACGAACGAAGUCCAGUCGCAGACAGACGAAUGGACUGGAUGCUCAGACAACGAGACCGAUGUCCAGUCGCAGACUGACGAACACGACGAAUGGACUGGAUGCUCAGACAAGGAGGCGGAAUGGGUGAAGGAGGAGGAAGCGGCGGCACAAAAGGCGGCUCGGAUGAAGAAGAGCAAGAAGAAGCCCAAACAACCGCACAAAGGUUGUUUCAAGAGGUGAGCUGAUGUAGCGGCUGUAGGUCCCCGCCUGUAUUGGAGAAACUUGUUUUGUACGGUCACUGUAAAACCAGCUCAUGGCCGAGGGCUUGUUUUGCUUGCAUGUAUGUAUAUGGUUUGCUGCUUUGGUGCUACUGGCUGUGCAUUUUGUU